AUGCAGUCGUUCCUGGGCAGUCUGAACUAUUACAGCCGAUUUAUUGAGGACUACGCCAUAUAUGCCUCCGUCCUAUACGAACUGCGCGAGGUAAAAUUUGCAGAACUGGAGAAACGAUCGGAUCUGAGGAAGAUCAUGGGCCAGAAUGACCCGAUUGCACUGGAUAACAGCACACCGGAGCUUCAGCCGGCGGAACCUUUAGAUGGGAGGUGGAUCAGGGCGCAUAAGGCUUUCAUCGCCCUGAAAACCAAGGUCGCGACGACGCCAAUUCUUCGCCAUUUCGACGAGACGAGAACGCCGGAAAUUAUUGUAUAUGCCAGUGAUUGGGCGAUUUCGGCUUCGUUGACGCAAGAACACGACGGGACCUACCAUCCGGCUGCGUUCACCAGCCGCACGUUGGAGACGAACGAGUUGAAUUACAAUAUGACCGAAAAGGAAGUGUUGGCAUUGUUGAGGAUCUUGGAUCUCUAUUACAAGUUACUGGUGGGACGCGAGAUUCGGGUCGUAACGGGGCAUUCCACGUUAGUCUGGCUGUUCAAGUCGGCAGGAUUACAGGGUCGCCUAGGGCAAUGGUCAGCCCUCCUGGCCCCGUGGACUCUCGAGAUCACGAAAUGUGGGAUCGGGGUCCAAGGAGGCCCCGAACACCAGGACCACGACCUGGUUACCCUGAACCGGUUGGACGAGAUCCUUAUUCCCAAGACCGAGAACCCAGUGGCUCAGGAGGAGGAAGUCUGGAUCACAGGCAUGAAGAAGUAUCUGAGUGGCUCCAUCGCUGAUCUCACGCAAGCAGAAGCAAGAUCGUACGGCAAGAUCGCGGCCGACUAUGAGGUGGACGAACAGGAUCUACUCUUUUACGGCCCUCCCACGCCUAGAUCGGGGGACGAUCGCGAUCGGUUGCUGAGAUUAGUGGUGCCCGAAACGUUACAAUCUGACGUCUUACACCACUAUCACACCACGCUAGAGGUCGUUCUGUUCACGGGGUACGUGAUCGCGAAAGCUAGCUCGUCCCGGUCGGCCCAAACGAUCGCGGAAUCUUACGAAGAGUGUGUAUUUCGGCGAUUCGGUGCUAGCGAGAUGAUCCGGCAUGAUCGAGAACCCGGUUUCAUGUCCGCCUUCUUUCGGUCGCUUAAUAACAUCCUGGGACAACGGCAACGAGCGACGAUGGCAUAUCGGCCGCCAGACGACGGGACCGCAGAAAGUGUGGCACAUACCGCGACCAGGGCACUCAAGAUGUACGUUCGCGAUAUGGAUCAGAAGGAUUGGGAUGAGUAUGCCGAGCGUCUCACCUUCGCGAUCAACACGGCCCAGGAUCAGAUCCGAGGGGAUACCCCUCAUUAUCUGGGAUGUGCGCGGAAAUUGGCACACCUGUGGCACGGGCCGUUCUGUGCCGCCGAGAAGAUCAGCGAAUUCACCAUCAAGCUCGAGAUCGCGGGCAUUGGAUACCGGAUCUUCCCAGUAGUUCAUGUGUCGAAGCUAAAAUUGGUCAAGGACUUCCCGGAUCGGCCGCAAGUGGAACUCACUGUGAGCGAAUCGGAUCGCCUCGACUUCGAUGAGAUCCUGCUCCAGGAGGAUAGCUGGGUUCCAGAUCUCGGAGCAGACGAGUACGAAAUUGGACGGAUCUCAGAUGUGCGGAGCGGGAAGAAAACGCGAUUCAGUCGGGUAUACCGAGAAUUUCUGGUGCAUUGGGUGGGGUAUGACGAGCCCACCUGGGUUGACGAGGCCGAUCUCAACUGCGGUGCAAUACUGAACGCCUUCUUGCGUAAAUGGGUGAAUCAUAACCGGUUCAGCGUGAUGCAAUCUCAUGAAGAAAUGUGA